AUGUCCUUGCCAGUGUGGGAAAUGAUGAGUGAAACGAAGGCAUUAAUCGCAAUGGUAAUUGUCCAAAUUGGUUACGCAGGCCAAGAUAUUUUGUUCAAACAUGUGAUCGAAGAUGGUGUCAACGUCAGAGUUGUUGUGGCAUAUCGUCUCAUCUUUGCCACCAUUUUUAUGUUCCUCCUUGCCUUCAUCUUUGAAAGGAGCAAGAGGCCAGAGUUUACAUGGAGGCUUCUUAUCCUGGCGUUUCUUGUGGGGUUAUUCGGGUGGGUAACCUAA